GAUGUCAUCCUUCGCGCAGUUGGCCAUUCUGACCAACGUAAUCCGUACAUACCAGUGGCCUCAACCCCUAAAAACACUCAGUACUGCAUCCCAUCGAGGUUAGACAUUGUUUGCAUUAUUCACUGAAUGUUGUUGCUUCUCCACUCCAUUGUUGUCGUCAUAAAAACCACUUGUCAGCAAGUCGUUGAAGAGAUUUGACAUUUGUGUGCACUAGACGCAUCACUGGGAGGAGUCCCUCCUGCAAUCAAGAAUAGACACUGGUAGUAAUGAGAGCACAAGUUCAUGGCGCAGUAAUCAAAACAAAAGUCGAGUAAUCGAAGUGAAAGGAGUGAAAGUAAAAAGAGUGGGACGUGAAAAAAAUGCCAAUUUCUAGACACGGGAGUUAUUCUGGAUCGGAGAGUGAUCGUGGAGGAUCUGACAGCGAGGCUGAGGACAAUCAGUCCUUGAAGUCUGGAAGUGUAAGGUCGGGAUCGCGAAGUCACUCGAGAUCGCGGAGUCAUUCGCGUUCGAGAUCGAAUUCGGCAUCGGGAUCGGAUCGGGUGAGGGAUGACGAGGCUGAGGAAGCUAAAUCCGGAGAGGAGGAACCCUCGGAGCCUGAGGAGGAGCCCGAGGGAGAGGAGCUGGACAGUGAGGAGGAGGAGGACGACGAGGACGAGAGACCCAGGAAAAAGAAGAAGAAGGACAGAAUAUGUGGAUUUAUCGAUGAUGAGGCUGAGGUUGACGAUGACGUGGAGGAUGAUGAAGAGUGGGAGGAAGGGGCACAGGAGAUUGGAAUCGUUGGAAACGAGGUGGACGAGCUGGGGCCAACGGCUAGGGAAAUUGAGGGUCGCAGACGCGGAACGAAUCUGUGGGAUUCACAGAAGGAGGAUGAGAUUGAGGAGUACUUGAGGAAGAAGUAUGCCGAUGAGUCCGUUGCUGCUAGACACUUCGGGGAUGGCGGUGAGGAUAUGGGGGAUGAGAUAACGCAGCAGACACUCUUACCAGGAGUUAAAGAACCUAAUUUGUGGAUGGUAAAGUGUAGAAUUGGCGAGGAAAAAUCCACUGUUCUUCUGCUUAUGCGUAAAUUCUUAACUUAUCAAUUUACGAAUGAACCACUGCAGAUUAAAUCUGUAGUGGCACCUGAGGGAGUCAAGGGUUACAUAUACAUUGAGGCGUACAAGCAGCCCCACGUUAAAGCUGCUAUUGAGAGCAUUGGUAAUCUCAGGAUGGGCAUUUGGAAGCAGCAGAUGGUACCCAUCAAGGAGAUGACUGAUGUGCUGAGAGUUGUCAAGGAGCAAACUGGCUUGAAGGCUAAACAGUGGGUCAGGCUUAAACGAGGAAUUUACAAAGACGAUAUCGCACAGGUUGAUUAUGUGGAUUUGGGACAGAAUCAAGUUUAUCUGAAGCUAUUGCCGAGAAUUGACUACACAAGACCUCGAGGGGCACUCCGAACAGCUCAAUCUGAGAGCGAAGCGUUAAAACGCAAGAAGAAACGACGACCUCCAGCCAAACCAUUCGAUCCCGAGGCCAUUCGUGCUAUCGGAGGUGAAGUCACUAGUGACGGUGAUUUCCUGAUAUUCGAGGGAAAUCGAUACAGUCGCAAAGGAUUUUUGUACAAGAAUUUUACGACCAGUGCGAUAAUCGCUGAGGGGGUGAAGCCAACCCUGUCGGAGCUCGAGAAGUUCGAGGAGGCACCAGAGGGUAUUGACAUCGAGCUCAGUGGAACAAAUGGGGCUAUUGGAAAAGAUGAUGUUGCUAUUACCCACUCGUUCAGCACUGGGGACAAUGUGGAGGUGUGCGAGGGAGAGUUGAUGAAUCUCCAGGGUAAAAUCGUGUCGAUCGAUGGCAACAUGAUUAUGGUACUGCCGAAGCACGAGGAGCUCAAUGAGCCCCUGGAGUUCCAGGCGAAUGAGCUGAGAAAGUACUUCAAAAUGGGUGAUCACGUGAAAGUCGUGGCUGGGCGGUACGAGGGUGACACUGGGCUAAUUGUCAGAGUUGAGCAGAAUCGUGUGGUUCUAUUCUCAGAUCUAUCGAUGCACGAACUCGAAGUACUACCCAGGGAUCUUCAGCUGUGCUCAGACGUGGCCACUGGUGUCGACAGGCUUGGACAAUUUCAGUGGGGAGAUCUGGUGGAUGUUGAUAAGCAAACUGUCGGUGUAAUUGUACGUCUUGAGCGUGAGAAUUUCCACGUACUACAGAAUGACGGUAAAGUUGUGCAAAAGAGGCCCCAGGAAUUAACAAAACGACGAGAAAACCGCAAUACAUUUGCCCUGGAUCAUCAGCAGAAUGAAAUACGUAAAAAAGAUAUUGUUAAGGUCGUGGAUGGACCACACACCGGUAGAGAUGGUGAGAUUAAACAUCUCUACCGUAGUUUUGCAUUUGUACAUUCACGAAUGUACGUGGAUAACGGUGGUAUAUUCGUUUGUAAAACGCGAUAUCUGCAACUGGCUGGUGGUACCAAAGCUGUUUCUGCUGUUUCACCGAUGUCGGGAUCGAUGUCACCGAGGAUAAGCUCGCCCAUGCAUCCGAGCGGUGGUUUUGGGAGAGGUGGGGGAGGAGGAAGAGGUCGUGGCCGAGGCGCUGGUCCGCGUCGUGAUCGCGAGCUCAUUGGAACGACGAUUAAAAUCACUGGUGGCCCAUACAAAGGGAACGUUGGAAUUGUCAUUGAUGCUACUGAGAGCACAGUCAGAGUAGAGCUUCAUUCAACAUGCCAAACAAUCUCCGUUGACAGAUCGCACAUUGCGAACAUCGGAGUACCAACCAAAGACGGGGGUUUCAGCUCGUACAGCAGAACACCGGCUUAUUCGAGUGGAGGGCAGACCCCCAUGUACGGAAGGGACGGCUCCAAGACCCCCAUGCACGGAUCUCAGACCCCGAUGUACGAGAAUGGCUCGAGAACACCUCAUUAUGGUUCUAUGACACCUUCUCACGACGGCUCAAGGACACCAGGACAGUCUGGCGCGUGGGAUCCAACGGUUACCAAUACUCCAGCGAGAAACAAUGAUUUCGACAGUUACAGUAUAGAGGACGGUGGCUCACCAGGUUAUGCCCCCGGGUAUCCAUCGACUGGAGGACCUUUUACUCCACAAACCCCUGGAACAAUGUACGGAUCCGAGCAGAGCUACAGUCCUUAUCAACCCAGUCCAAGUCCUGUUGCCAGUGCCACAGCAAGUCCCAGUCCUGCUGGAUACGUUGCCACACCAUCUCCAUCGGGUACUGGUUACACCACCAGCCCCCAUGGUGUCUUUCCAUCACCCUCGCCCAUAGGCUACAGCCCCAUGACCCCUGGCGCCGGUGGAAGCCCUUACAAUCCACAGACACCUGGAGCUGGAUUGGAUACUGGAAUUGGUGGAGGACUCAUGGGGAAUAAUGAAUGGCACACUGUGGACAUUGAAGUGAGAAUCAGAGAUUCACAUCAAGAUCCAGCCCUCGCUGGACAACAGGGUGUCAUCCGUGGCAUAUCUGGUGGUAUGUGCGCUGUAUUCCUGCCAGCUGAAGAUCGCGUGGUGAAUCUGGUUUGCGAGCAACUGGAGCCAGUGGUACCCACUCAUGGUGAUCGAGUGAAGGUAGUACUCGGUGAGGAACGUGAGGCUGUUGGCACUCUUCUGUCGAUUGACACGCAGGAGGGUGUCGUCAAACUCACCACCGGAGAACUCAAGAUGUUGCAGCUGAGGUAUCUCUGCAAAAUGAAGACCCCGGCUUAGAUAUACGUUCAUACCUUUUUGUCAUUCCUGGGGUUUUUUAAAAACAUAGAUACUUUAUUUUACACUGGAGAAAAGAUAUUUCAUUCUCUCACGAAGGUUUGUUUGAACCUUAUAAACUGUUUCUUAAUAAUUGUCGAGAGUCAAACUGUGAAAGUCAAGCGUAAAUUCGAAAUUUCUAGUCAAUUCAAAACAAUUGGAUAAAAAAAAUUUUUUAUUUCUAAUUACGUUUGUUAUUAGUGUAAUAGUCUCGAUUAUUUCAACAGGGGAUAGUCUUAUCGUAAUGAAAUUUUUUUUUUAUGGAUUAUUAAUUUGGUUCAAUCAUAACUGGUUCGAGAGAAAAUUUUUUCCUCGGUGUACACUUACAGUUAUUACCCGUAAUACUUUGAACCAUAGCUUUAUGAAUAAGUGUGAUCCACCUUGUAUUUUAUUAGUCAAUAAAUACUAGAGAAUCUAUACAAUAAAAUUUUUUUAAAAAUCGCAUUUAAAACCCAACAACGAAGAUAAUAAUAAAUAACUAUAAGAAGAUAUAAUAAUAAUAACUAUCAAGGGGAAUAGAAAUACUAGAAUUCCCUGUGAAAUUCUCAAUUAUGGAAGUAAUUAUAUGGAUAAUUAACUUUUAUCCAUUACAUUUUACUUCCACACAUUUUUAUUUCUCAGACCUGA